UGUUUCGCACGUCUUCCGGGACAACAGCGGAAGCAACGAUGGCUUCUUUAGACAGAGUUAAAGUGUUAGUUUUAGGCGAUUCAGGAGUGGGGAAAUCCUCAUUGGUCCACCUCCUCUGUCAGAACCAGGUGUUGGGAAAUCCAUCAUGGACUGUCGGCUGUUCUGUAGAUGUUCGGGUUCAGGACUAUAAGGAGGGAACUCCAGAGGAGAAGACAUAUUACAUUGAACUAUGGGAUGUUGGAGGAUCAGUCGGCAGUGCCAGCAGUGUGAAAAGCACCAGAGCUGUUUUUUACAACUCUGUAAAUGGGAUAAUUCUGGUUCAUGAUUUGACAAAUAAGAAGUCCUCCCAAAAUCUCUACCGGUGGUCUCUAGAAGCCUUGAACAAAGACUCCUCACCCACAGGUGUUAUCGUCUCCAAUGGCAGUGACUAUGACAGAGAACAGUUUGCAGAGAACCCAGUCCCUUUGCUUCUUAUUGGCACCAAGUUCGACCAAAUUCCAGAGACCAAACGCACCGAAGUCCUCACUCGAACCGCCUUCUUGUCUGAGGAUUUCAAUGCAGAAGAGAUCAACCUUGAUUGCACCAAUCCACGAUACCUUGCCGCAGGGACAUCAAACGCGGUGAAGCUCAGCAGGUUCUUUGACAAGGUGAUAGAGAAGAGAUACUUCACAAGAGAUCCAAGUCAGAUGACUGGCUUCACAGACAGGAAGCGAUUUAACUUUAAAAGCUUGCACUACGACUGACCCUCCGUGUUCCUGGUCUUGGAAUCACAGUGACGUCUCCAACACCUUUUUCUUCUAUUCAUUCCCGAGCGUCGCAUUCAGUCCGAUGAGUGAGGACUGUUCGUCACACUCUUGAUCCACGGGACGAAGAAGGGGACAUUGGUGAAGACGUGAGGGUAGCCUGGAUGGGUGACUAUAUUAGACGUGAAUGAUGUGAUCCCUAUCAGCUUGUGGCCGCAGAGCAGCGGCCCUCCAGAGUCACCCUGAAAAUGGAACAGCAUAUGGGGUGUUUCCAUGUUUCUUGUUGAAUAAAACACACU